AUGGUACUCACUGCACACUUCAUUGAUUCAGAUUGGGCUUUGCAUAAAAAGAUUUUAAACUUUUGUCAAGUUGCAAACCACAAGGAUGAGACUAUUGGAAAGCUCAUUGAGAGUUGUUUAUUAGAAUGGGGGAUCGAUAAAGUCUUUUCUAUAACUGUUGAUAAUGCAAGAUUGAAAGAAAUACAUGAUUUGAUUGUUUCUGUUCGUAAUGUUGUACGAUACGUUAGAUCAUCUCCUAAAAGAUUAACAAAGUUUAAAACUUGUGUGGAGCAAGAGAAAAUUGAUUGCAAAGCUCUUGUUUGUUUGGAUGUUCCAACAAGAUGGAAUUCCACAUGUCUUAUGCUUAAGCAUGCACUUGAAUUUGAAAAAGAUUUGCAAAUAUUAGAGGAAGAAGAGUUGGAUUAUUAUGACUAUUUUGCAGAAGAUGAACAUGGGAAGAAGAGAAUUGGUCCGCCAAGUAAUUUUGAUUGGAAGAAUGUUGAAGUGUUUGUCAUGUUUUUGAAGGUGUUUUAUAAUGUCACUAAUAAGAUUAGUGGUUCCUUAUAUGUGACUGCCAAUUCUUUCUUUCAUGAGAUGUGGGGGAUUAAUGAUCUUUUAAUUAGUUGGAGCAACGAACAUAACUCUAUUUUACGUAAUAUGACUAUAAAUAUGAAGUCAAAAUAUGACAAGUAUUGGGGGUCAAUUGAGAAAAUUAACAAGCUUGUAUUUCUAGCUGUGGUGCUUGACCCUCGAUAUAAAUUGGACUAUGUUGGCUUUUGCAUUGAAAGUGUACAUGAUGAUGCCAUGGUUAAAGUUCUUGUUGACGAGAUUGAAGCUUAUUUGAUGCGUUUGUAUAAUUAUUACAAAUCAUAA